GGUCUCUUUUAUCAUUUCUCCUAGUUCCAAAAAAAAAAAUGGGUGAAGUAGUGGGAAAUAUAGAAGAACCAAGAAUACCCGAAGAAGAUAUUGAUGACAAUAACAAGAAGAUUACAGGCGCAGCAGAUGAAGAUGAGCUUUCGCCAAUAGAGGAGGUUCGUUUAACCGUACCCAACACAGACGACCCGAAUCAGCCAGUAUGGACUUUCCGUAUGUGGGUCUUGGGUAUCAUCUCCUGCAUGCUUCUCUCAUUUCUGAACCAGUUCUUCUCUUACCGGAGGGAGCCACUGAUCAUAACCCAGAUCACAGUUGUGGUGGCAACUCUCCCCAUCGGACGCUUCAUGGCUGCUGCGCUACCCACCACCCAGUUCCAGCUACCCGGGUUUGGGUCCAGGAAGUUUUCGCUUAACCCGGGUCCGUUCAACAUGAAGGAGCACGUCCUUAUAUCCAUUUUCGCUAAUGCUGGCACUGCUUUUGGAAACGGGCCUGCCUAUGCUGUUGGGAUAGUUGAUAUCAUCAUUGCCUUUUAUCGAAGAAAAAUUUCUUUCUUUGCUGCUUGGCUUCUUAUCAUCACAACCCAGGUUUUGGGCUACGGAUGGGCUGGGCUUCUAAGGAAAUACGUGGUUGAGCCGGCGCACAUGUGGUGGCCGAGCAAUCUUGUCCAGAUCUCCCUGUUUCGGGCACUGCAUGAGAAAGAAGAUGCAGAUGGAAAUGAAAAUGGGGAGAGCAAUGGCAAUAAGCGACAAACUUCGCGCACAAAAUUCUUUGUGCUAGCAUUGGUCUGUAGUUUUAUCUGGUACUUGGUUCCAGGGUUCUUAUUCCAGGCUCUAUCAAGCAUUUCAUGGGUAUGCUGGGCGUAUCCCAAUUCAGUCACGGCUCAGCAACUAGGAUCAGGCUUGAAUGGAUUAGGACUUGGAGCCUUCACAUUGGACUGGUCAACAGUGGCUUCCUUCCUGUUCAGCCCUCUCAUUUCUCCCUUCUUUGCUAUUGCCAAUGUUUUUGUUGGCUAUGUGUUGGUUAUGUAUUUUGUAAUUCCUCUAUCUUACUGGGGACUUAAUGUGUACAAUGCCAAAAACUUUCCAAUAUUUUCUUCAGACCUUUUCACCGCACAAGGUCAGGAGUACAACAUAUCUACAAUUGUUAAUCGCAAGUUUGAGUUGGAUAAAGUGCAGUAUGAGCAACAAGGGAGAAUCAACUUGAGCACUUUUUUUGCUCUCACAUAUGGAUUUGGAUUCGCCACCAUUGCCUCUACUCUCACUCAUGUUGCCUUGUUUUAUGGGAGAGAGAUAUAUGACCGUUAUCGAGCUUCUUCAAAUGCAAAGCCAGAUAUUCACACUAGAUUGAUGAGAAAGUACAAAGACAUUCCUAACAUGUGGUUUAUCGUGCUUCUUUCGGCGACACUUAUUGUUUCUCUUGCACUCUGCAUUUUCUUGAAAAAAGAAGUCCAGAUGCCUUAUUGGGGACUUCUACUUGCAGCUGCCGUUUCUUUCCUGUUUACCCUCCCCAUCAGCAUCAUCACUGCAACAACUAAUCAGACUCCAGGUCUAAAUAUCAUCACAGAGUAUCUCAUGGGAGUCAUAUACCCUGGAAAACCCAUUGCAAAUGUCGCUUUUAAGACCUAUGGUUACAUGAGCAUGACUCAAGCAAUCUCCUUUCUGAGUGAUUUCAAGCUCGGCCACUAUAUGAAGAUCCCUCCAAGAUCAAUGUUCUUGGUUCAGUUCCUUGGGACUAUAAUUGCCGGAACAGUCAAUCUUGGUGUAGCAUGGUGGCUGUUGCAUACAGUUAAAGACAUAUGCCACCAAGAUCGGACAUCAAACAGUCCUUGGACAUGUCCCGGUGAUCGAGUUUUCUUUGAUGCCUCUGUCAUCUGGGGUUUGGUUGGUCCAAAACGAAUUUUCGGCCCUCAUGGCAAUUAUUCAGCACUUAACUGGUUCUUCCUUGGAGGAUUACUAGGGCCACUUGCAAUAUGGCUCUUGCACAAACAAUUCCCAAAACAGACCUGGAUUCCUCUUAUUAACCUUCCAGUAAUCCUUGGUGCAACUGCUUAUAUGCCACCAGCAACCGCAUUGAACUACAAUUCUUGGAUUUUGGUAGGAACAAUCUUCAAUUUCUUUGUCUUCAGGUAUAGAAAGAAAUGGUGGCAGAGAUACAACUACAUUCUUUCCGCGGCAUUAGAUGCUGGAGUGGCUUUCAUGGCAGUUCUGCUUCACUUCACUGUUGGCAUGGAGAACAGAAGCAUAUCCUGGUGGGGUAACAAUAACCCUGAGCAUUGUGACUUGGCAACUUGUCCUACUGCUAAAGGCAUAUCUGUGGACGGCUGUCCUACAUUUCACUGAUUACUGUAUUGCUUCCCCAUAGUUUGAAACUUGUAAGACAGAGCUUGAGCUUUGGAAAAAUUACCACGCAGAGCUGUUUAUAGAUAGAAUCUUUUCAAAUUGCUCCAUAAGCAAUGGUGUUUUAUAUCAUCUUGAAUGCUCAAGGUUUUUUCUUGCUCCUGCA